AUAGGGAGUCCGCGGUUCGGUGUUCGUAGUGAAAAAUGGCCGGCGCCAACGAUUGUUUCAGCAUUGGGAGUACGGUGGCCUGUAAAACCUGUUACAAGGAGGAAAUCGAAGGCGAGGUGUUAGCAUUCGAUCCACAAACUAAAAUGCUAAUCCUAAAAUGUCCGUCAUCCAGUGGUGCACCAACAUUAAACGAUGUACACAUAGUAAAUUUAUCCUUGGUAUCCGAGGUCCAAGUUAAGCGGGAAGUUAGUCCUACAACUAGUGAACCACCACAAAGCCUUAAUUUGCAAAAGCUGAACAGAAGAGUACGUAAUCAAAUUGAAGAGAAAAAGAAACUGGUAAUGGCUCUGCAGGCCGGAGUAUCUCCAGAAGGACAAAAACUCUUCAGUACUAUAUCAAAGACCAUUCCUGAAAUUACGUGGAAUGGAGCGAAUAUCGUUGUAUUUGACAAUGUCACGAUUAGACCGCCGUACAAAGUGGACAAUGUCCAUGGAAAUGCAGAGUCAGGAGCGUACAAACAUGUAAAGAAAGUGGUUGAGAAACACAUUAAAGAUACCGAAGCGUCCGCGCAAGCGCAACAACAGCGAGAACAGCAACAACAACAGAAACAAAAAGGAGGUGCGAUGCAAUAAAAGUUCAAAAAGGCACUAUACCAGAAAUAAAGCUACCAUGCUUUCACAGAAGUUCCAGUCUUUGAAGAAACGUAGGAAACGAUGAUAACAGGAUACAAAAAUU